AUGUCGAAGAUACCUGACGAAGGGCUGGUCUACGACUACCGAUUUGAUACCCGACGCUGUGUGUGGGUUAAUUGGAUGAAUGCUUCUGGCACGUUCGAGAUUCCCAGAGAUGCCCAAUUUACUCAAGUUUUAGACUCAGCCAUCGACUCAGAACGCAGCGUGUGGCUGUUAGACUCUCUCAUUCGCCACCAGUUUCAUGUUCUCUGCACUGGUGAUACAGGAACCGGCAAGUCCGUGUCUAUCAAGAAGAAGCUGCUUGGUGGGUUAAAUAACCCACCAGGCAGCGAAAAACCGCUAAAACUCGCCCCGUCGAUCUUCCUCAACUUCUCGGCCCAAACAACUGCGUGA